AUGCAACGAAUAGUACGAAAGGCAGUUGCAACGACAAGAGGUAGUGCUGAUACGCUCGGUUCAAUUGCGGAUAUGUUCAUGAAACGUAAAGCGUGUUCUGAUUGCAAUCGCGAAACACAUGCAGAACGAGUGAGUGCACUCAACAAGAUCUUCUCGGAACGUGAACGAGAUGAUCAAGGAAGAGUGCUGUUCAAACUUCCGUUGUCCUUACUCGAGAAUGUCAUCAAUAUUGAGUACAAAACCCAGGCCAAAAUGGGCCAAACUGCCGAAAUGGAAUUAAUCGGUCACUCAGCCGGUGAGCAUCCAUCACUGAAGAAUCCUUCACAUUGUGGUAUCAGCGAGUUCUCGAUCAUCUCUUUCUCUCGAUGUUCUAAUGAAUAUUGCGCAGCUUGA